AGACUAGGCAGUUGUUUUGUUUAGGUACCAUAGAUAUUUUUACGUCCACUUUUUUUUUUUAUUUCGGUAUUUUCUGCAGCUGAAUUUUAUGAAGUAAGUUUUUCAAAGAACAUUGUUUUAUUAAGCUUGUUAAAUCUUUUAAAGAAACACUUCUGUUAUUUAGACAAUUAAUCUCUGCAAAAAGUUUAAAACAGCACAAUCUGUUGUAAAACCUAAAAUAUAAAGCUACUCUAUAGCUGUUGUCAUCUUUGGAACGGGAAUAUGGAUAAUAUUUUUGAAAGGACUAUUCAAGAUGUAGAAAUGUUGAUGCAUCAAAUGAACGUAGAUCUCCAAGGAGAAUACGAAAAUGACGGAUACGAUGAUAUGGAAGAGGAUGAUGGUGAUGAGGCCAAUAACCCAGCUCCUGGAGAUGCAGAGGUCAACACAGACACGCUUGACCAGAACCUUGAAACAUUACUUGCAGCUACACGUGCCCUAAUAACAUCUAUGGACCAACGUUUGACCGCCUUAGAGAACUCGAUGAAUUCUACAACAACGGCACAGCCAUCUCUCAACAGAACUGACGGUAACUUGCAGGCAACUGAAACUGCCGUCAACACUCAAACUCUGCCAAGAACUACUAGAGUGUACUCACAAUACAACACCCAACGCAUCCAGUAUGUCCACGUUGCCCGCCACAGCUUUCCGUUUGAUUUGUUAACAGCCGUUAGUAUUGGAUCGGGAAUAACUUAUUUGUUUCUGAUGUGUGUUUUAUUUAUAUUUUUUUUGGAUGCAUCUAAUUUCUAAACCAUGAUUCAACUAGCUAGUACCAAAACAAAACAAGCUGCCCAACUUGUCUAGCACGCUAGCCAGAUAUUUACCUCGUUAUCUCGUUUGGUCUCCCGUCACCAUUGGCGAGGUCACCUGGACAUGGGUGUUCUCUUACCACGUGACUAGAAGAUGACAUGACAUACAGGUCCGCUAAUUGGACGAUUGUGUGUCAUCACAUACAGGUCAACUAAUCGGGCGAGUGUAUGUUAUAACAUACAGGUCAAUAUUGGACGACAGUAUGUCAUCACAUACAGGUCAAUAUUGGACGAUAGUAUGUCAUCACAUACAGGUCAAUAUUGGACGAUAGUAUGUCAUCACAUACAGGUCAAUAUUGGACGAUAGUAUGUCAUCACAUACAGGUCAAUAUUGGACGAUAGUAUGGCAUCACAUACAGGUCAAUAUUGGACGAUAGUAUGUCAUCACAUACAGGUCAAUAUUGGACGAUAGUAUGUCAUCACAUACAGGUCAAUAUUGGACGAUAGUAUAUCAUCACAUACAGGUAACUGAUUGGACGGUUGUAUGUUAUAUGUCUUGUGUAAGCCAACGAGAACGUAUGGGCAUGUCUUGACUACGCAAAAAUA